AUGUCGUCCACCCUCAUCCAAGCGUCGCGCCCCCUCGCCCGUGCCCUCACUCAGUCGAACACCAUGCGUCCUUUCUCGAUUGCCAUUCCCGCUAGACUUGCCAACGAGUGGAUGCACAUGCCCAAGCCGCGUGGGUUCCUCGCGGAGAAGGAUACGACCCCUCGUCAAGAGACCUCCUACGGCAGAAGGAUGGAGCUCAACUCCUUCCGACGGGUGCAGCAGCAGAUGUCGGAACAUGGCCAACGUCUCGACCAGCUGGAAAAGUCGAUCCAGCAGUUGACUCGCAUGCAGGGCGUUUAUUAA